AUGGAAGAGACAUCUCAAUGGGGUAGAUUUAAAGCGAUAAGAAAGAUAGGCGAAGGGACUUUUAGUUCUGUCUUUCUAGUGGAGGAUAAGAAGACCUGUCGUGAAUUAGCUCUUAAAAGAAUUACUCAGACCACUGCUCCUUCUAGAAUAGCUAAUGAGUUACGGUAUCUUUUGGAGUUGAAAGGAGAAAGGAAUAUUAUUGAGUUAGUAGCUGUAGUUAGAGAUAAGAAUGAUGUUUUGAUGGCCUUUCCUUAUAUAGUAAGUACUGAUUUUAAGGAGAUAUUGAGUAAAAGGUCUUUGGCUGAUAUUAAGUCUUACAUGCGCGAGUUGUUACAAGGACUGGUGCCAGUUCAUGCUUUAGGUAUUAUUCAUCGUGAUAUUAAGCCGGGGAACUUCCUCUAUAAUAUGGAGACUAAGCAAGGAUGUCUGAUUGAUUUUGGACUUUCGCAAAGAGUCAGUCUGGAUAUGAGUAGUAGUAGUAGUAGUAGAGUAGGGAGUAGUAGAGUAGGUGGUAGUGGAGUGAGUAGUGGAGGAGUUGGAGGAGUGGCUAAGAAGCAGAGGUUCUUCUUUACGGCUUAUCCUAGUUUGCGAGGGGGAGAUAAGAGUUCGGUGACGAGACCGCCGGGGUACUUGUUAAGGGAUGGACGACCGGGUAUGGAUGCGGCUAGAUCGGGUACGCGGGGGUUUAGGGCGCCGGAAGUCUUAUUUAGAGUGGAGAAUCAAACGACGGCUAUAGAUGUAUGGAGUGCUGGGGUGAUUUUAUUGGUCUUGUUAGCGAAGAAGUAUCCUUUCUUCUGUGAGAAGGAUGAUGUAAGUGCUUUGGUAGAAUUAGCUGGUAUAUUUGGAGGUCAGGAGAUGAGAGAAGCAGCUAGACAUUAUCAAAGAGUUUGGAAGAGUAAUAUAGAAGAGUGUAUUGGUACUAAGAUACCCUUUCGUACGGUAGUUAAGUUAUGUACGGGUGGGAAUGAGAUGUAUCCGGAUUCAGUCUUUGACUUACUAGAUAAGAUGUUAGCUUUAAAGGAUGUAGAACGUAUUACAGCUGAAGAAGCCUUAAGACAUCGAUUCUUCCUAGAUUAA